CACAAGUAACUAUAUCAACUACUUAGUGCUUAAUAUGAAUACAAGCAAACAAUGGCGUCUCUCUCCAACUAUCAGCACACCCAUCAAACAAACCUCCGUACCUCUCAAACCACUCCCUCUAUACUACUAAAUCAUACAUGGACUAUCCUAAUCGUGAAUUCAGUAUCAAAACUCCCCUAUCAUCAACCUCCCCCGCCUCCCGAGGUCGGAAGAUACCGCAACUUCGUAUACGAUAAUCACUUCCUUAUCAAAUCACACACAUACUGAACGCAAGGCAUCAGACGUAUCUCUCUGGAUCAACCCAAUCCACUUAAUCACAGGUAGUU